AUGAUCUGGAAUGAAGACGGUGUGUUUGCGAUCUGGACUGAAGACGUACGUGGCGUGUUCAUGAACUGGAACGACGGCAGCGGCAGGUGGAUUGAGUUCGUCAAAAAUCAGUCUUUGCUGGUAUCUAUGGAAUCGGUAAAGACACGAGAUAGGAAACGGCACCAGUCGUGUCCGGUUUCACGACAGAGGCUGCAUCCUGUGUCACUCAUCUUCCGCACCGUUCUUGCGAAGCCUGACGGUUGGCGCUUUUGUGCUCUGUUGUGCAACUUUUUCGAGCUUGCAAUCCAGGACAUGGAAGGGUGGCAAUAUGCCAAAAAACCUCAAGAUUGGGGCUUUUUGUGUCAUCAUCAAGGUACGGUACACAUUGAUUUAGAAGUGGGCUAG